CGUAAAGGUACGGCCCCACUGAACGCGAUUUGCGAUUUUGCGUUUUGCGAUUGCGUUUUGCGUUUUUACGAUUUUAUCAAAAUUAUAGAAUAACUAUGACGUGGCCACACUGUCAGCGUUUCGCGUUUUGCGUUUUACGAUAUAUCGCUUUUAACGCAGAUAAAUCAAAAUAGUUUGUUUUCAUGCGAUUAAUCGUUCUUGAAAAGUCCACGAUGUCGGUUGAUUCAGAAAAAUUAGCUGCUGCAGUUUUUUUAAAAGAACCAAUUUGGAACCCUCGCCAUGCUGGUCAUAGAAGUAGGACCAUUAUUCAACAGUGUUGGUCUGAUUUAAGCAAAGAGAUGAUUGUAGAUGCGGAAACACUGAAAGCAAAAUGGAAAAAUAUGAGGGACUAUUAUCGCGCUGAAUUGAAAAAACAUCCUUUAGGAAAAUCGGGAGCUGGAGCUGAGGAUGUUAGUAAUUCUACGUGGCCGUUAUUUAAAUGUUUGUCAUAUUUACGAAAUACAAUGCAAACAAGAACUCGUUCCACAAACAUUACAUCGAAUUUCAACUCGUCAGAAGAAGUAGACAUUGAGUCAAAUUCAUCGCAUGCAUAUGAUGUGUGCCAGACUCAAGAUAAUGAUAAUUUUACACAAUAUAGUUCGAAUAUUAUUGAUGCCGAUCUAGAUAAUACAGACUCCGAUGUAAGUCCUGCAGGUGGAUUAAAAAGAAGAAACUACGAUGUACCACAUAGACAAACGGCAGUAAAUAAUUUUAGACGGGAAUUAUUAAAUAUGGAAGCUAAAAAACUUAAACUUUUAGAAAACGAAGAAAAAGAAGAUGAGGAUUUGUUAUUUUUAAAAAGUUUAUUGCCUGAUCUAAAAAAAUUAUCGCAAACACAGAAAAUGAGGACAAAAAUUAAAUUUCAAGAGAUUUUACUUCAAGAAACUUUAAAUAUAUUACAAUCAACACCAACGACAAAUCAAACAACCGUGGUCAGCAGUUUUCCAUAUAGUGCCCAAUGGCAAAUAAAUAAUGAGGGAACACAAACUUUCGAAACUAAUUUUUCUUAAAGUUUUUUUUUAACGUUGAUUAUUUAAGUAAUUUUAUAGCAAGACGCUAAUUAAUUGUUUUUAAAAUUUUUUUUUAAAUUUUAAUUAUUUAAAAUAAUUUAAGUAAUUUUAUAGCAAGACGCUAAUGAAUUGUUUUUUAAUUUUGAUUUUUUAAAAAUAUUUAAGUUUUUGUUAUUGCAAGACGCUACACCUAGACCUAGUAUUUAAUUUAAUAUGAUUAUAACUUUUUAAAGUCAAUUUUAUUGAAGAUAAUUAAUUGUUUUUUUUCAUUUAUUAUGCUAU